AGAGAAAUCAAGACUUUCGGACACCGCUCUGGAAAGCCAGGGAGCGGCAGGAGUGGGAGAACCCAGCCCGGAGUGGCUCCCGCCGAGCCGGACUCAGCAAGGCUGCGGCCUUUUCUUCCCCCGGACUACGUUUCCCAGCGGCCCCCGCGGGAACUGGGCCGGCGGCCUCUUUGUGUCCUCCGGGGCCGAGGGAGUUGAGGUGCUUCUUUCCUGGCCCGCUAGGCAAGGUUCCGUCCAGCUGAGCGAGGCGGGCGAGGCCCGAGUGGCGGAGACUCCCCGAACCUUGGGGCGGGAAAGGGAUCUUCCUGCAGUUUAGUUCUGCAGGGAAGAUUGCAACCAGAAGGAAGAGAAGCCUAAAAGUCUAGACUGGUAAUUCUGGAUGCUGCAAGGAAAGUUUCUCAUGUUCCCUUUCCCAUGUCAGUCAACUGAGUUCACUGCCAUUUCUCAAGUGAAGAGCCAGGAGGAAGAAAGAAUGGCUGUUGAACUUCUUAAUGCCAUGUACCAGGAUUUGGUGACCUUCAGAGAUGUGGCUGUAGACUUCUCCCAAGAAGAGUGGAAUUGUCUGGAUUCCUCUCAGAGGCAUUUAUACAGUAAUGUGAUGUUGGAAAACUAUAACAUCUUGGUGUCAUUGGGUCUUUGCUUUUCUAAGCCAAGUGUGAUAAUAUUGUUGGAACAAGGAAAAGAGCCAUGGAUGGUGAAGAGAGAGUUCACAAAUGGCUUGUGUUCAGGCUGGGAAUCUAUGUAUGAGACUAAAGAAUUGAUGCCAAAGCAGGAACUUUAUGAAGAACAAUCAUCCCAGAAUAUAAUGGAAAAACUUACAAGCUUUGGGUUUGAGUACUCCAGUUUGAGAGAAGACUGGAAAUGUGAAGGCCCUCUUGAAAGGCAACCAGGAAAUCAGAAGGCAUGUUUCAAGAAAGAGACAAUCCCUUAUGAAGAAGCCUUUAUUGAUGAGAGAAAAGAAGAAUAUAACAAAUCUUGGGGAAGUUUCCAUCAGAACACCCUGCUUCAUACACAACAGAUAAUCCCCAAAGAGGAAAAAGUAUAUAAACAUGAAACAUAUAAGAAAAGCUUAAAAAACAGUUUAGUGGGUACUAAACCCAAGAGUGUCUAUGCAGAGAAAAAACUUUUGAAAUGUAAUGAUUGUGAAAAAGUCUUUAGCCAGAGCUCAUCCCUUACUCUUCAUCAAAGAAUUCAUACUGGAGAGAAACCCUAUAAAUGUGUGGAAUGUGGGAAAGCCUUCAGUCAGAGAUCAAACCUUGUUCAACAUCACAGGAUUCAUACUGGAGAAAAACCCUAUGAAUGCAAGGAAUGUAGGAAAGCCUUCAGCCAGAAUGCACAUCUAGUUCAACAUCUGAGAGUUCAUACUGGAGAGAAACCUUAUGAAUGUAAAGUAUGUAAGAAAGCCUUCAGCCAGUUUGCCUAUCUUGCUCAACAUCAGAGAGUUCACACUGGAGAGAAACCUUAUGAAUGUAUUGAAUGUGGGAAAGCAUUUAGCAAUAGAUCAUCCAUUGCUCAACACCAGAGAGUUCAUACUGGAGAGAAACCUUAUGAAUGUAAUGUUUGUGGGAAAGCAUUUAGCCUUCGUGCAUACCUUACUGUACAUCAGAGAAUACAUACUGGAGAAAGACCUUAUGAAUGUAAGGAAUGUGGGAAAGCCUUCAGCCAGAAUUCACACCUUGCUCAACAUCAGAGAAUUCAUACAGGAGAAAAACCUUAUAAAUGUCAGGAAUGUAGGAAGGCAUUCAGCCAGAUUGCCUACCUUGCUCAACAUCAAAGAGUUCAUACUGGAGAGAAACCCUAUGAGUGUAUUAAAUGUGGGAAGGCUUUCAGCAAUGACUCAUCCCUUACUCAACAUCAGAGAGUCCAUACUGGAGAAAAACCUUAUGAAUGUAAUGUUUGUGGAAAGGCUUUUAGUUACUGUGGAUCCCUUGCCCAGCAUCAAAGAAUUCAUACUGGAGAGAGACCCUAUGAAUGUAAAGAAUGCAAGAAAACCUUCAGGCAACAUGCACACCUUGCUCAUCAUCAGAGAAUUCACCUUGGGGAAUCCCUCUCACCACCCAAUCCAACCAAUCACCAAGUCUUAUAAAUUCAAUCUCCUAAAUAUUUCUGGAACUUUUACUCCUUAUUUUUAAUAUUGUUACCUUAAGUCUAAGAUUCAUCUCACAUAGAUCAGUGUUACAGCUUUCUAAUGGGCCUUCUGGUAUUCUUUUUUUUUUGCCACCCUUAAAUCCAUUUCCCAUAAUGCACCCAAACUGAAGUUUUAAAGUUUAAAAAUUAACAUAUCUCUAGUUAAAACUGUUUUUUGCAGGGCUGGAGUUGUGGCUCAGGGGUAGAGUACUUGCCUAACAUGUGUGAUGCCCUAGGUUCAAUUCUCAGCACUGCAUAUAAAAAAAUGAAUAAAAUAAAGGUCCAUCAACAUCUAAAGAAAUAUUUUUUAAAAAACUGAUUUUUGCUAGCUGUUGUUUUUAAACUAACCACCCAAUCCAACCAAUCACCAAGUCUUAUAAAUUCAAUCUCCUUUAAAAUUGUCAUCACCUUUAAAAUUGUCAAUGAGGCUCUCCAUUAUCUGGUUCUUACAUUUCCACAUAGCCUCAUUUUAUUCCAGUCUCUUCUAGGCAGUAGGUACUUCCCAGGACUAAGAACUUGGAUUCUGGAAAAUCACUACCAAUGGCAGUGUGUGACUUUGAACAACUUGUUUGAAUUAUCUAAACAUCAGGAUUUUUUUUUUCAAAUAGGGAUGACAAAAGAUACUAUAUUGUAGAAAUGUAUUAAAUGAAACUGUCUGUUGUAAAUUGUUGCCUAUUAAGUGAGGAAUUUGCAUGUAAAAUGCUUCACAUAGAAUGUCAACAAUAGCAGAUAACCUAAUAUGUAUUGGGUGCCUACUAUGCACUAAGCACUGCUAUACAUACUCAACAUACAUUAACUCAUUCACUCCUCAGACUUAAAACAAUAUUCAUUAGUGGACAAGGUAGAUAGCAUCCCUGGGAAACAUCAGACCAAAAUUGGAAAAACAAAAUUUUUAGAACAUAAGACAGUCUUUAUAUUCUGAGUGAAUAAUCAAUAUAGACACAGGUAGUAGAACUAUUAUAACCAGUUUUAGAAAGUUUCUAAAGAGAAUGGCUUGUAUAAACCAAUAAAAUAAAGAAAAUAAGGAUUCACUGGGAAGAAUACAGAACUUAAAUUUAGGUCAAGGAAAUAAUAGAAAUGAUCACUAUUACCCUAAAAAAAUGCAUAGGUGCCAUUUAAAAAAGCAUCAACCCCAACUAAUUGUAUGGGUGAAUUCAGGUAAUUUUGAAAACAUAAGUCAUCUUAUAUUACACAAAAAAAUGUAAAGUUUGUGGAUUUCAAAAUUGAAAAUCAAAAUGGAAAGGUAAUCAAAGGCAUAAAACAGUAGGCUAAUAUAGAUAAUAUAUGCUUUCAUGCAUUCAAUGACUAUCAAGUAGUUAGUCUUUACUAGACACUAUUUGAGGCAUGAGAAGGCAACCAUGAACAAUAGAAAAUCAUGUGCUCAAUGGAGUUAAAUUCCAGAGGCUGAAGCAAUUAAAUUACUACUUAAAUAUAAAACAAUAGAUUUUCUUUUUCUUUUUUAAUAUUUAUUUUUUUAGUUGUAGUUGGACACAACACCUUUAUUUCACUUGUUUAUUUUUGUAUGUGGUGCUGAGGAUCAAACCUAGGGUCCCUCACAUGGGAGACGAGUUCUCUACUGCUGAGUCACAACCCCAGCCCUAGAUUUUCUUUUUUUUAAAUUUUUUUCAGUUGUAGGUGGACACAAUAUCUUUUAUUUUUAUGUGGUGCUGAGGAUCAAACCCAUGCAAGGUGGGCGUUUUACCACUGAGCUACAGCCCCAGUCCUAAAACAAUAGAUUUUCUAACCCCAGAAAACUGAAGAAUAACAAGAAAAUAAAUUGAGGAGCAUUAUAUAGCCUAGGCUGAAGAGACUGAACCUAAUAAAGUGAGUUGUUCUUAA